AUAAAGCUCGAGAGCGAACAGCAGAACGAGAAAAAACGGAUGAAUACAUUGAUAUUGAGCGAGAAAGAUACACAACGUUUAGCGUCAGUAAAAGCGAUCAAAAAGAUCAAGAUGGUGAUGUUGAUAUGUUUAUAAAAACGCAAAGGGACAACUUUGAAUCAAAAGUUGUAACACCUGGACAAGUAAUUACAGCAGAUACACAGUAUAUGAGAGGUCAUGGCACGUAUCUUAAUGAAGAAGAGUCUCAUAUAUCUUCAGUAGCAGGUGUGGUAGAACGUGUCAACAAAUUGAUUACCGUUAGACCUUUGCAUUCGAG